UUGCCCUGCGUGGUGAUACAGUGAACCCAUAUAUACGAAAAUUGCAUUUACCAUUUAUUGCUUGAAUUUAAUUAAAGAUAAUUAACGACAGAUUCUGACUUUUACUCUUCCUGAUACCGGAUUCGAAAGACGCAACCCUAUCACUUGACACCCACAAGACCGAUAAGGAAUAUACUUUUUACUCAGCCCGCCACACGGAAUACUCCAGGUUAAACAACUAUUGUCUCUUCUCUGCCUGAGAUCUGCCCCAAGGUGAGGAGCAUCAAACAGACAGAGCUGGAGCCCUUGGUGAGACGAGCAACUCAGAUCAGAACAGAACUCACACAGACAGGGAGUGAGGAAGCCCUAUAUGGAUGUGAUAGACGUCAGUUGGGGAGACCCACACGGAGGAGGGGUAAAACCCUUGACUUUUGUCCGACAGGUUCUUGCAGCCUGCAUAUACCCUGAGCUGGUCGAAAGUGAUAAACUGCCAGUGGACGUUAAACAGAGAGCCCAAAGCCUACUGAGCGCAUGUGAUGGGGGGAGUGUAGGCUCAUACACGCUCUCUGGUGGUAUCUCUUAUAUACAGUGCAGUGUGUCCAACUUCAUCUCUCGACGAGAUGGUGGUGUACCAUCGUCCCCCGAGAAUAUCUUCAUGACAUCUGGCUCCCAGAGGUCUUUAAUGCUGGUUCUGAAGCUGUUGGACCACAAUCAGGCCUCACUCCCGACAGGUGUGCUGACCGCUGUUCCCGCCUACUCUUCCUUCAAAAUGAUGUUGCAAUGGCUUGGUGCAGCCAUUGUUCCCUACUACCUAGAUGAGGAGCAGGGUUGGGCAAUGGAGGUGGAGGAGCUACGCAGAGCACUACAGGCCUCUAAGGGUGUCUGCAACACAGUUGCCCUGUAUGUCAUCAACCCGGGGAAUCCUACAGGUCAUGUACAGAGCAGGAAGUGUAUUGAAAAGGUGAUCCGAUUCGCUGCUGAGGAGAGGCUCUUCCUCAUGGCUGAUGAGGUGUAUCAGGAAAGUGUGUUCGGGGAGGGCAGUGAGUUUUUCUCCUAUAAGAAGGUUCUGUCUGAAAUGGGGCCUCAUCUCUCUCACACAGUGGAGCUGGCCUCUUUCCACUCAGCAUCCAAAGGCUUCAUGGGCGAGUGUGGGCUACGCGGAGGGUACGUGGAGCUGGUGAACCUUGACCCCGCCGUCAUGAAGUACGCCUACACCAUCUUUUCCACUGACAUCUGUGCCCCUGUGACUGGUCAGCUAGCCCUGGAGCUCAUGGCUAACCCUCCCAGGCCAGGGGACCCCUCAUACCCGGUCUACGCCCAGGAGACCCAGUCUAUCCGGGCCAUGCUGGUCCAUAACAUGAACUGGGUCCCAGAGUUUCUGAACAAUAUCCCAGGGAUCAGCUGUCAGCCGAUGAUGGGAGGAGCUUUCGUAUUCCCCCGGCUGUAUCUACCCCAAGCAGCCAUUGAGAAGGCCAAAGUGGUGGGGUUGCAGCCUGACCUGUGGUACUGUAAACGGUUACUAGAGGAGGCAGGAGUGUGUGUGCGACCGGGGUGUGAGUAUGGACAGAAGGAAGGCACCCACCACAUCAGACUGUGUGUCAUGACCCCAGUGGAGACCAUGGAAGAGGUACUGAAACGCCUGAAGAACUUCCACCUGCACUUCCUCAAGGAGUUCUCCUGAAAACUGGCUUCACCUUACAGCCCAAAGAUUAAUAAUACAUUUAACUUCAGACACGAUCACAGUACAGAGAAGAAAAUUGCAACCAGUAACAUUGUUUAACAUCUUUAUCUUUCAACAGACCAUAUUUAAAUAAUAAAGUAAGACAACACAUGACCCGAGUUGAAGAAUUCUGCAUUUGGAUUGAACAAAGAUGGGCGUGAGCGGCUUUUAACAUAAUUAUUAUGAUUCAAGUCAUGCAUGUCCACAGAAACAUAUUUUUCUUAUUUUGUCAACCUUCGGCAUUAGAGAAUGAAACUACCUGUCUCAGACAGUGUAGAUCCCCUCUAAAUACUCACUCUUCUUAACAAUAAGAACGUUACCUUGUUAGGAUCUGACAUUGUGGGGCAGAGAUAUUGGAACUAAGGGAAUAAGUAAAAGUUGACAUUUAAGGUAAGGAUAGAUUUUGGCCAUAUUCACUAACAUCCAAAGUCCAUGUCAAUUCAAUACUUUCUAUGACUGAUAUGUUUGUCUCACCUAGCUAUCAUAAAAUGAAUGCGUUAACUGUAAGUCGCUCUGCAUUAGAGCAUCUGCUAAAUUACAAAGAUGUAAAAAUGAUGACAAAUAAAGACUUUUUAAAACAUUG